GAGCUGCUGCUGAGGUGCAAACAAAGACUGUUCGUUUCUAUCCUACAUCCUCGCCAUGGCCAACAAAACGACUCCGCUUCUCCUCAAGGCGCUGUUGGAGAUAUCUGAAGCCCAGUCUUUAAAGCUUUUGGGAGGAAACCUUAAAAGAGCAAAUGUCAGACAUUUGAGCUCCUGCGGGCCCCUGGCAAUGAGGAGAGCCAGCCUGCCUGUCUUCCCCACCACCCCUGUCAGCACACCCAGCCGCAGCUUCAUCAACCUGGCUGCUCCCAUCAGCACCCGCAGAAUGGAGUACACUGAGUGCCGGACACUACGGUAUACUCCAGAGCAGAUGUACAAUGUGGUGGCCAGUGUGGACCAGUACCAGCACUUUGUUCCCUGGUGCAAGAAGUCUGAGGUCAAGAAGAGACGUAACGGUGGCAUUCGGGCAGAGCUUGUGAUAGGAUUUCCCCCCAUUGUGGAGCGCUACACCUCGGAAGUCACUGUUAUCCCAAACCACCAAGUCAGGGCCUUGUGUACUGAUGGAUCCCUCUUCAACUAUCUUGAAACAACAUGGAGGUUUUCCCCUGGACACAAAGACCUACCAGACUCAUGUCAAGUGGAUUUCUAUGUGUCAUUUGAAUUCAAGUCUCUUCUGCACUCUCAGCUGGCCACCCUUUUCUUUGACGAAGUGAUUAAGCAAAUGGUCAGUGCUUUCGAGUCACGGGCAGCAACACUUUACAGGAACCAGCAGGAGGCAUCGCUGAGGAGGCACUCAAGAUGAAGUUGACCCUUUUGACCUCCCAUUCAUCCACAUCCACAUCCACUUGAACUGUCAACCAAACCCUGCCAGUCUGUUACCCUUACAUACUGUUAAUACUUGUCUUACACAGGAGACUGGAUCUUGUUUUUGCACUCACUCAUAUAUUUUGAGUUGAAAUGCACUUGGAAUAUAC